AUGAGGACUGAGAGGAGCGAGUGGAAGAAGUAAGUGCUUUAGACCACCUUUGAAGGUUUCCUUUUGCUGAAGUUCAUUUAGCAAUAUCCAGAUAGAUUCAAGUGGGAAAAGACACCAAUUCCAUGGUUCUAUGCCUAUGGAAGACUAUCCAGGCGAAAGACUUGCUGGGGACAGGUCUGUCUUGAUCGGAGAUCUGGAUACACCAGACGAGAACUUGUCCGAUAAACUUGAGUUGCAUAAUAGCUCUGCAUCGACGGUCCUGCAAACACUGCCUACCCCAUAUGCGCACUCUCAAAAGCGCCAUGCUCAAUUGAACUACCUCGAACAAACCCUCAAGACGAAGAAGACGAGGGCAAACAAGUUGGAAGAGGAGAUCCCAGUCCCGAAGCGCUAAAUGGCAUAUCUGCGAGUAUUUCCAAUCUCGCUACAGCGUUAUGACAACCAACUGUCCAAAACAUACAGUACCAGCUUGGUGAACCCGUUGUAGAGCUAGCAGAGCCAAGGGUUUUCCACAGACGUGUCUCAUAAGGAAGGGAAUGGAGUGCUUUGCACGACGUCUGGGAGACGAGCAGAGGCGAUUAUAUAUCUAACUUACAGUCCUUGAAGUUUCCCUAGUCAUACUGCUGAAUCGAUCAAAGAGCUCUUCGAGUGCUAUUCAAAGGAUAGGGAAACAUUCGAGGAAUUGUUCAUUAGAGGGGAUUGAGUGUCUGCAAAUUACUGGGCUGGAGGGUAGAGGUGUGAACAAUGGGAUGAUUCAUCAUGGAACGUUUUUCGUGUGUAUAUUAUGAGUUUGAAAACCCAAUCUGGGGACAUCGUUUUCCAGAAUUUCAGAAAUGGACUUUUAUAGAACCUCUUUCUUGAAAUCUACUCGAAGAUGUUUUUUGGUAAGGAAACUAACCGAGAAAGCACGCCUUCUGGUAAGAGAAAAGGUAUAGUGGACGUCCCCCUAUUUGAGGAUAUAUUAUUUGUAUUAAGAGUAUAUAGCAUUAAGUUACUUUGGCUGAGAAUCAUG